AUGGUGGUAACAGAGGCGGACGCGAGCCAGAGUGCGCCCGGCGAGGAAGAUGUCGCCGGUGCCAACCUGGCGCAGACGUUAUCGAAUAUAAGGCCCCAGGCCGAGGCUGCUGUGGUGACAUCCGACGACUCGGAGGUCGAGGGUGCGGAACCUUCGCCGAGUCCUUAUGACCGAUUCCCACCGCACCGCAAGACGCUCAUGGUCACUGUUAUGGCGUGGUGUGGUCUUCUGUCACCUAUCUCUUCUACUGCAGUUCUCAGCGCUAUUCCAGAGGUCGCUGCGUCGUAUCACACGACAGGAUCCAUGAUCAGCCUUAGCAAUGCGUUAUACCUUGUCUUUAUGGCACUGAGCCCUUGUGUCUGGGGGCCCUUGUGUCAAGUAAUAGGACGAAAGACGUCCUGCUUGACGACCGGCGCCAUGUUCUUUCUUUGCUCUAUCGCCACAGCAUUGGCCCCCAAUAUCGCAGCCUUCUUCAUAUUUCGGAUGUUCACUGCCUUCUUCGCCACAGCUUUCCUGGUUAUUGGGCCUGCCAUAAUAGGAGAUUUAUUUCAUCCGACAGAACGCGCCACGGCUCUCUCGUGGUUCUACACCGGCGCACUGGUCGGCCCCACGAUCGGCCCGCUCAUAGGGGGAAUCAUUUGCACAUUCACCUCCUGGCGCGUCAUCUUCUGGCUGCAGGCAGGCCUCGCUGGAGUGGGCAUUAUCGGACCAUUUUUUUUCUUGCGCGAGACGAUGAUUGUGGAUAAGAAUAGCAAGAAGGUGAUUCUUGCUAAUCUUCCUACGAAGAUGGACAAGGCUAAGUACCUCGCACGGGUGACCAGCCCCCUUCGCCCGAUCGGCCUGCUGCUCAAGUCUCCGAAUCUCAUCUUAGUGGCUCUGGCGUCAGGUACACUCGUAUGGAACCAGUACAGCCUUCUUACGCCCAUCCGCUACGUCCUCAACCCCCGAUUUCACCUUCAGACACCGCUACAGUCCGGGUUGUUCUACCUCGCCCCUGGCACGGGCUGCAUCGUGGGGACGCUGGGCGGCGGCCGAUGGGCAGACUACGUCGUGAAGCGCUGGAUCACCAGACGAGAUGGUCAGCGUGUUGCCGAGGAUCGACUUAGGAGCUGCAUCGAGUUCAUGGGCUUCAUCAGCUCUGCCUCUAUGCUGAUCUACGGAUGGUCUGUCGACCAGGCCGUAGGCGGAAUUCCCUUGCCGGUAGUCUUCAUGUUCCUGCAGGGCGUCGCGCAGAGUUUCUGUUUUCCCAGCCUGAACACGUAUUGUCUGGAUGUGGCACAGGCGCGCAACAAGAGCGCCGAGGCCGUGGCAGGAAAUUUCAUGGUGCGAUAUCUUUUUGGCGCUGUGGGUUCGGCGGUCGUGUUGCCUGCAACUGAGUCGAUUGGCGUGGGUUGGUUCAGCACUAUCUCUGCGCUUCUCAUGGUGGUGGGCGCGUUGGGACUUUGUGCUACCGUCAGGUGGGGACGAGCAUGGCGGGCUAAAUCGGAAGAGCAGCGCAAGGAGAAAGGUCCUGCUGCCGCGGCGGAGUCGUAA